UUGUUUUUUUUUACACUCUAAGAAGGGUGGAGCUAAACUCGUCGCUCGCUGACUGGAAGAAAGUCGGCUAGACGUUCGGUAUUCGCAGACAUAUGACUGAACGACUGUACAUAAUUCCCUUCAAAUGCUAGUGAAGUUAGAAACGUGUUUAACAAUGUCGUAUGUAACUUUACAGACGGUCCCUUAAUAUCCGCGAAUACCGAACGUCCAACGUCACGCCGACUCUAUUCCAGUCGCGCGCGGUGGAUUGGUUAGGAUCCUAAGAAGGGCGGGGCUAAACUCGUCACGCGCGGUGGAUUGGUUAGGAUCCUAAGAAGGGCGGGGCUAAACUCGUCACGCGCUGACGCGUUUCAAACAGUUUGAGCAUCAUGGCGGCUUCCAUCGAAAGUUUGCUAGCAGAAUUAGCCGAAGAGGAGGAUCCAGUCGAGGGACUCAGGAGCCUCAGGACGGCUGUUUUCGCGACUCCUGUUAGCUCUUUGAGGGAAACUUUAUCCGUUGCGCAGCUGGGAAUCAUUUUCUCGCUGCUGAACACGAAUGACAAGGAGCAGGUCGAAGUCUGUGUGGAGAUUCUGGGCCGGGUCUUGGAGGUACUAGAUCCUGCCCACCUGGCUCGCAACUGCAGAGCGGAGCUCCAGAGUGGACUUACGCAUCCGGAUAACUCCGUCAAAGUGCUCGCUCUCACACAGAUCGGGCGGGCGGUCAGCGAUGCUGAUGGGAUGUCAGAGGUGAUGAAUAAUCCUGAGAUUCUACAAGAGGUGAUCCAGUGCAUUGGGGCAGAAAGUAUAGGUGUAUCUAAAAAGGCAAUAUCUGCCCUCAGCAAGCUAAGCAACACAAAGGCAGGGCUUGACGCUCUGUUCCGCUCCGAUUUGUUAAAAAAACUGAACGACGUGAUGGCCAUCAGCGACAUUGUCAGAUACAGAGUGUAUGAGCUGGUGGUGGAGAUCUCCUCUGUGUCCCCUGUCUCACUGGGUUACUGUGCCAGUAGCAGCUUUGUCUCUAAACUACUUGAGGAACUGACUGGAGAUGAUGUUCUCAUUAGAGCGACGGCGAUAGAGAUGGUCACCAGUCUGGCUCAGAGCCAGCAUGGCCGUCAGUACCUGGCACAGCAGGGAGUCAUGGAUAAAAUAUCCAACAUGAUUGUGGGUGCUGACUCCGAUCCCUUCUCCAGUUUCUACCUGCCAGGCUUGGUGAAGUUCUUUGGGAACCUGGCCAUCAUGGACAGCCCACAGCAGGUGUGUGAGAAUUACCCAGCAUUCCUCAAUAUGGUGUUUGCCAUGGCGAUGUCCCCUGACUCCACUCAGAUCCCUGUUGCCCUGGAUACACUGGGUGUGCUGGGUGGCACCGUUGAGGGCAAACAAGUUCUACAUAAAACAGGUGAACAGUUUAACACGGUGAUAAAGCGAAUGAGUCGGUUAGCCCAAGAUGGAGCUACUGACCUCAGAGUGAGGAGUCUGGAGGCCAUUGCUCAGCUACUCACACUACCAGUGGAGCAGCAGACGGACGACUUGUUGCUCCUGACGGAGUCGUGGUUCUGCUCUCUGAGCUCUGAGCCCUUGGAAAUGAUCAGGUCUAUCAGCACCCAGCCAUUCCCUGAGUUACACUGCAGCGCACUACGCGUAUUCACUGCCAUUGCUUGCCAAGCCUGGGCCCAGCGAAUGAUGAUCUCAUCACCAGGAUUUGCUGAGUGGGUGAUGGAGCGCUCUGUUAGUAAGGGGAAGGAGGCAAAAGACUGUAAGUUUCAGCUGGUCGGUGCGCUUUUGAGCUCAUCGAGCACACAAGAAAUCUUCGGCGCUCAAAAUUACCUGAAGCUGAAAACAUACCUCAAGGAGGGACCCUACUUCGUCAACGCCAUAGCCUCGGUCACGACCGAGGGAGCAGACUGAUUAAAAAUAAUAAAAAAAGCCGAGCAUUUAUUAAAAUUCAUUCAUGUUCCCUCUUGACAAAGACUUUCUGAAUCACUUACGUAUUUCUAUCAUCCACCGAGACGAACACGUCAUUGUCAUGUCGCCGUGUUCAGAGUUUUCGGGUUACUACGCGCGGUCCUGACGCAGAACUCUGCCGACCGCAACGCUGCCCUUUAAUUCAGUAAGUUAUCUUGUACUGCGGACCAAUUCUGCGGACCAUUAAACAGUGUGCAAACAAAUUCAAACCGAUGACCACAAUCGAAUCUUUUCCUGCGGUUCAUUCGGGUGUUAAAAUAUUCAGGGCUGGACAAAACAUAAAUCCAUUAGCUGGCUCAGUGGGCAAGUGAAACCGUCAAAAACGAUAGUUACAGUGAGGUCACGUGAUACGAUAUAUUUAAACAAAAUGUGCUUGAGUGCAACUCGCCACUAGCGAGUUAGUUAGCUAGUUAUAAGUUUGAAUGUAUGGAAUCCCCUGUAGGGGGUGGUUUAGCCACGGUGUGUCCUUUUCUCAGAAAGUCUGAGGAAGCCCGUCACGUUGGCGGCCGUGAGGAAAAAGUCAGCAAGUCGUCGGCCGACGUUCGGCCAAGAGCUGCACCGUUCCUACUUCAUCACACGUGAAAGACAUUAUAAACAAUAUUAUCUCGUCCACAGCUAUGAAUUUAAAAAAUAAAUAAAUAAAAUGUAAAGUUUGCCUGAACACGUAAUCUUCUCCUCCCAGGCUUCUGAUCUACCCACUCCUGGUGAGGUGUGGAACACUAUAAAACAGUUUGGCUGCUAGCGGUUUUAUAGAUAUCUCGGGAAAAGUGGAUCUGCGAUGACGACAAGAGGCACACCGGGAGUGAUCUCAACAUCUGGUCACUUGCUAGUGUGAACUCGCACGUUUCUGAGGACGGUAGCUCCCGAAAUGCUGCGAACACACGACUGACACCUGCUUAACAACGGUGUUCGUUUCACCCAAAGGGAUUCCAGACGUGUGAACGUCCGCUACACGUUUUAUUUCCGUCAGAAUUGCUGAUCUUUGCGUUCAGAUCCUGUGUUUCUACUUCCUGCUCCGCUUGAUUUCGUUGAAUCGACUUCUUUUUGGAUCGUUUACUGUCGAUCAUAAUAAACGAUGCAAUGAUAGUUUUGUUCAUUUUGGAUUUGGUGGAUUUAUUUGAUCACGUUACUGGAUGGCGUAAAGCCGUCACACGCGUGAUGCGUCCCUUUCCGUAAAGGAGCGUUUCUAUAAGCGGUUUGGAUUAAAUGUAAAAGGCCUGUCCCAAAAAAAUCAAACUGCACCAAUUACACAGAAAUGAUAGAGCCUCGAUGUUCAGCAUAAGAGUUUAUAUUUAAACAUGGCUACAAAACGACACGGUACGCUAUUCAUAUAAUACAGAGACGUGUGUUUCUUCGAUUAGAUGAUACAGUUCAAUAUAUACACACACAUACAUACAUACAUAAAGGUGGGUAAAGAGGGGAUUAGUCAGAGAAGCAACCAGGAGGCCAGGCGUGACUUUAAGGAGCUGGAGAGAUCCACAACUCGACUAUUCACAAGACGAUGACAGCCUGGACAUUCCAUCAUGUGACUCCACGAUUGCACACAUUCAACCAAUCGUGACAUUCGAUGGCAAAACUAAUUAGGACUUUCACAGCAAUGGGGGUGAAUACUUCUGUGAUCAAACCAUUUAUGUAUUUUGUAGUAAUGUGUUUUUUAUAUAAAACGUGCUGUAAUUCUUACACAGUUGACCUAAUCUGGAUGUUAAUGACAUCAAAUUAAAGCUGAAAUUAAACAUUCAUUAUUUAAUUUCA